GUGGGAUUUAAGAGCAAGCUAGCUUGUUAGACUCCUGGUUUAGUCAGUUAAUUUUGAAAGCUUUGAUCAACUGAAAGCUCCUCACUCAAGUUGAAAAUUCGAAGUCCAUUUUGAUUUAUACAAGCAUUUUCGAAAGUCUUCACUUCUCGAGUUCGAGCCAGUGAGUUCAGUGGAUCAAACAUUGAGUUCUGCUGCUGGUGCUUCAUGAUCUAAUGAAAUACUUCGAUAACGGCGAAGGAAAGAAGUAAAAAAGCACAUAUAUAUAAUUCAAUUUUAGAACACCAAACGUAAAAGUGGGGAAAAUGUCGGGAUCUGAGACGGGAAUGAUGGCGACCAGAGAGCCUUACACCUUGAGUAUGCAAAAGAAGAGUCCGGUGGCGUCACAGCCGGUGAUACAGAGCAUGCGUUUAGCCUUUAAUGCUGACGGAACAGCUGUGUACAAGCCCCUCGCUUCCGCCUCACCCACAUAUCUGCCGUCUUCCGACAGUGGCGGAGCGGAUGGGUCCGCCGGUCCGGCGGCAGUGACUCUAGGACAAGGGCAAGCUCUGAACAUGAGCAUAAGCAUGGGAAGCGAGCCUUUGAAGAAGAAGAGGGGGAGGCCCAGGAAGUAUGUGCCGGAGAGUACUAUGCCGUUGUCUGUUAUAGCUCCUCCCACUGUCGGCGUAAACCAAUCUAAUAGCGGAGGAGGGUUCCCCUCGCCAACUCCUGUGCCACCCCCUUCAGGAGGAUCAGCUUCUUCACCAACUUCAACGAAGAAAGCUAGGGGGAGACCUCCUGGUUCCGUCAACAAGCCUAAACUUUACGCUCUGGGAUCAGGCAGGUUUGGUUUUACGCCCCAUGUUAUCACUGUUAAAGUGGGAGAGGAUGUAUCGUCAAAAAUAAUGUCAUUUUCUCAACAUGGUCCCAGAGCUAUUUGCAUUCUCUCAGCAAAUGGAGCCGUAUCAAACGUUACUCUUUGCCAACCAGCAACAUCUGGUGGAACUGUAACUUAUGAGGGAAGAUUUGAAAUUCUGUCACUUUCUGGUUCAUUUCUUCUGUCAGAAAAUGGUGGCCAGCGGAGCAGAACUGGUGGGUUAAGUGUGUCAUUGUCUGGCUCAGAUGGUCGUGUUUUAGGUGGUAGUGUAGCUGGCCUUCUAACAGCUGCAUCUCCUGUUCAGGUGGUUGUGGGUAGUUUUAUUACGGACAAUCAAAAGGAAGCAAAACCAGCAUACCAGAUGGAAGCUCUGUCUGCCCCACCAAAGCUUGCUCCAGUGAUUACCAGCUCACCUUCACACGGUACUCUAAGCGAAUCCUCAGGUGGACCAGGUAGCCCAGUUAACCAGAGCAUGGGAGCCUUCAAUAAUAACAACAACAACCCACAAGGCAUGUCAAACUUGCCAUGGAAGUAAACCGUGCUUUUAAC